UGCUGGUGUUAUUUUCCGGAAAAAUAAGACCAACAUGAACACCCAUGAGGUUAAAAUAAAAGAGUUGACUGCAGCGGAUGCAUUUGUCAACGCAAUUUUGACUAAAUUGAGUGGAACAGAUGAAUAAUGCAACAAAAAAUCGGUGCCUCGUUUCGGUAGCAGCCUAAUUGCUGCAAAUUCAUCGAACGCAUCAAAAGAAUGUAUUUGGCAGGCAUGAUUUUACUCGAACGCUCUAGCACAUGUUCGAAAAUCCUGAAGCUUCGGGUUCAUUGCAAAAGUCCAGCUUGAGCUACGGCGGCGCCAAGCACAUGCACACCAAGGGUGAACGUGAGCUUGUCGAAUUCCUUACUGACGAAAUUUUGGCUGAACGUAAAUCACCAAAUAUUUCGACGAAUCCCACCACUUUGGAUAGCUUCAGCGUUAAGCGGGUUGACGGUGAUGUGGAAUUAACCAAGAAGAGUGAUACGGAGAGCAUCGUCAUAAAUUUCACUGCCAACCACACUGUAGACCCUGAAGAUGAGCCUGAACUGGAUCUCAAUGCUGAAAUCGGUAAGAUGCGUAGCAAAACCACGCUUUGAAGUGGAUAUU